AUGUUGGAUGGUUUGAAAUCAUGGUUUUGCAAUUUUGCGCAAUUUUCGCGCGCACUUGUAACUCCGGAAGUCUUAACUGAUAUUCCGCAACCUUAUGCCGAAUUUGCUAUAUUUAGUUGCAUUAAAGGAGGCGAGAUUUCAUCAAUACUUGGAGGUUUGAUAAUACAUCCAGUUUAUCGUUACUAUCUUGUACGCAAGCUUACGCCUGAAAAUACAACCAACAAUUCUCGUAAAAUUAUUCGGAAUAUCUGUCGUCGUAUUCAGGGCCGUUGUCUCCUCGGUGGAUUAGCAAUUGGCCCCAUUGCGGGUUUUAUUUACAUUAAGUGCUGUAAUAUUAACGAAGCAGAAUUGAAAGAAAAAUGUUAUCGCAUACGAUGUCAUGAACAAAAUAUGGUCUGGGAUCGUUCUUCGGUAGCGUUUGGUUUUUUAGGAUGGUAUUGGAGAAGAUUUCAAGGCGCAGUUAAUGGAAUCAGCCUCGCUCUCGUUUAUACCAUUUUAUAUUUCACAGUAAUUCUUAUUUUCCAUCUAAUUAAAAUCUCUUAUUAA